UUAAAAACAAGCCUGAGCCAAACAUGACUUACAAAUGAGAAUCUCUUCAAUUCAAUCCCUCACCAUAUAUGUAGUAUAUUUAAAUAAACGUUCUUCAUAAUCAUCAUUAUCAGUACAGAUUACCAACAAGACACACAUUAAUAUAUAUGUCUGUAUCUUUUGUGCCUUUAGCUCUAUUAGUUAAUUAUACUGAUAAUAAUAUUAUUAGUAUAAUUAAGCCUUCUCUGCUGUAUCCAUCUGUAAUCUGAUCUGUGUGGAUUGUGGGGUGUCCAGACAGCCAUGUUUGGUGGUUUUGGUUGUAUACUAGCCAAAGUGCUAAUUCUGCUCCUCUUCUCCUUCAACCAUGGAUUAGUGCAGGUCAAGAACCCCAAAGUGGGAGCCUCCAAGAGCUGUGAUCUGUUCCAAGGAAGUUGGGUUUUGGAUGAACAUUCUGAUCUUAAUCCCUACAAUUCAUCACUGUGCUCCUUCAUAGAGAAGCAGUUUGAUUGUGAGAAGAAUGGAAGAACUGAUGAUAACUAUCUCAAGUAUAGAUGGCAGCCUAAGCACUGCACUCUUCCCAGGUUCGAUGCGAGAAGUUUUUUGUUAAAGAUGAAGAACAAGAAAAUGAUGUUUAUUGGAGAUUCAUUGAGUCUCAACCAAUGGCAGUCCCUCACAUGUUUACUUCAUGUAGGAGAGCCAAAUGCUAAGUAUACUUUACAGAGAUUUGGCCCUGUUUCUAAUUUCUCAUUCCCGGCGUACAAUGUUUCUAUCUUUCUCUUCCGAGCUGCUUUUCUUGUUGAUCUUGUUAGACAAGAUGAUGACGUACGGGUAUUGAAGCUAAACUCCAUCAGCAAUGGCACACAAUGGAAGGAAAUGGAUGUGCUCGUCUUUGAUUCAUGGCAUUGGUGGCUUCACACUGGCAGGAAACAAAAUUGGGAUAUUGUUGAAGAUGGAAACGUCACCUAUGCAGAUGGAGAUAGAAUGAAAAUGUAUGAGAAAGCACUUCACACAUGGGCAACAUGGGUUGAAGAUGAAGUAGACACUACAAAAACCAAAGUCUUCUUUCAAGGGGUUUCCCCUGAUCAUGACCAUGUGCGAACCUCGGAGUCGGGAAAUUGUACAGGGGUGACACGACCAACAAGAAUACCGGCGCGACCUCAUCGAGGGGAAUUGGUGUUGGAGAAAGUUAUAAGAACUAUGUCCAAACCGGUCUAUUUGUUAAACAUAACUUCUAUGUCACAAUACAGAGAAGACGGUCACCCAUCGGUGUUCGGCGCGGGCGGACAUCGUGAUCUUGAUUGCACCCACUGGUGUCUACCAGGGAUCCCAGAUACUUGGAACCAGCUGCUAUAUACAGCCUUGUUUACCCACUCAUAGAAUGAGAAUAAAUAAAGAAAUAUUUACAUAUAAUUUUACCCUCUAGUUUUUGGCUUUCGAAUUCUUACGUCUAUCUGAGUUCCUAUAUUAUACACUCGGGUGCGUACAUGUAUCUAGGUUCUUUUGUAAUUUAUUUCAAUUUUAGGUCCACUGAUAUGGAGCACUUUCCUCUCCCUAAUUAUUUCCAGCGUGUCAUUUAAGUCCUAA